AUGGACAAAAUGAUGGAGUUGAUGCUAAAGAAGGACGCAGAGACUCAGCAAGCACUCAAGAAUCAUGCUGCUACUAUUCACAAUCAAGAAUUGCAAAUACAGCAGAUGGCUAAAGCACUCCAAAACAGAAAUCAAGGGGGUUUACCAUCCACUACUGAGGAAAACUCCCGAGAGCAUUUGAAAGCGAUUGAACUGAGGAAUGGAAAGGCAUUGGAUGAUCCAUACGCAACAAAUACUAGCGCAGAGGUAGAAAAGGAGCAGAGUAAGGAAAAUGAAUCUGAAAAGGUAGUCACUAAACCUACUCCACUACCUCCGUACGUACCAAAAAUACCAUUCCCUCAGCGAUUGAAGAAGCCGCAAGAUACUUGGAAGUUCCACCAGUUUUUAGACACUUUCAAGAUGCUGCAAAUCAACAUCAGUUUGGUUGACGCUUUACGUGAAAUGCCACAUUAUGCCAAGUUUUUAAAAGAGAUCAUCACCAACAAACAGAGUUGGGAGGCAGAGGGUACAAUACCCAUGACAAAGAACUGCAGCUCAAUCAUCUUGAGCAAUCUUCCGACAAAAUUCAGGAUCCAGGGAGUUUUACUAUUCCAUGUACUAUUGGUACAAGCUACCCCAAUGAUGUUUCAAUUGGCAGAUCACUCUUCGAAGAAGCCACAUGGGAUUGUGGAGGAUGUUUUGGUUAAGGGACUUCCCAAUGAUAUUGGGGAGACCAUUCAUGACCACUGGCAGAGUCUUAUCGAUGUGCAUGAUGGCAAACUGACUCUGAGAAUUGGGGAGGAGAGUGUUGAGUUUGAUAUGAAGAAAAUUACACGCCACCCCAAUAUCGAAGAGAAAUGGAUGCAGAUUGACAUGGUGGACGAGAUAGUACAAGAGCAGUUAGAAGAAAACAACUCCAUAUUGAACUCUGAUUGGGAUCAGGAUGACAUAAGUAGUAUGGAGGUUACUUGUGAAUGCCCUGUGGCAGACCAGAAGACGGAACUGGAAACAACCGUACGUACUCAUAUUCGUACUUGUGCGAAUGCACAGCUGGUUUCCAGUCAAGAAGAGGAAGAGUGUGAAGAGGAACCAGUUCUUGAGCCAUUGGUCAAGAACAAGCACAUCACUCCUCCUUCUUCAGAAAAGCCACUGAAGAUGGAACUCAAGACUUUACCAGCGCAUCUUAGGUAUGCUUUCUUGGGAGCUGACAAUACUUUACCUAUCAUUAUCAGCAAUAAGCUCACCAAGGAGCAAGAGCAGAAGGUCAUCAACAUAGUCAAGGGAUGA